CAUCCUGAAGGUAGCUCACUGAAGGAACUGAAGGACUUUGAAGUUGUGUACCCACAAAAACUCCAUGCAUUGCACAAAAGAGAUGUUGGAGGAAUCCAGAACCCCCAGAAGAAGGACAAGUAUGACGACACGGUGCAAUAUGAAUUCAAAAUGAAAGGAGAGAAAGUGCUUCUUCACUUAGAAAAAAACAAGGGGCUUUUCUCCAAAGAUUACACUGAAACCCAUUAUUCCGCUGAUGGCAAAGAAAUCACGACAAGUCCUCAGAUUGAGGACCACUGCUAUUAUGGAGGACAGAUUCCAAAUGAUACCGACUCUGCUGCAAGCAUUAGUGCAUGCAGUGGUUUGAGAGGGUAUUUCAAGAGUCGUGGGAAGCGGUAUAUCAUCAAACCCUUGAAGGCCUCAGAGCCUGAUGCUCAUGCAGUCUUCAAAUACGAAAGUCUGGAAACGGAAGACGAAACACCCAAGGUCUGUGGGGUAACCAACACAACCUGGCAGUCGGAUGAUGAGCCCAUGAAAAAGACCUCCAGGAUGAGCACCAGCGCAGAAAAACAAGCCUACCUGAAGGCCAGAAAAUACGUUGAACUUUACAUCGCUGUAGACAACAGAGUGGUAAGUAUGUCCAUGAACGUGUCUCUCAACGACCCACAGAUGGGAUUUCCAACUCUUUAUGGGAUUCCAAGGACGGACAGGCCCAUCAAAGACCCUAAGAAACCUACAAAAGACAGUGGCACCAAGAGAAACAUCGCUGUUAAGUCCACGGAGACCAUCUCAUCUCCAGCUGACCCCAAGAAUGUCUUGUGCCCACUGCAUGCAAAGCCUCACAGUUUGGCCGACUGCAGGGAUUUUGCCAAGAAGCCUCACGCAGACAAGGUGGAGAUCCUCAAGAAGUCCAGGAUCUGCCGACAGGAGCUGCGGUGCAACUCCCCACCAGUCAAAGUCAAGAGCGCGGCCACCAGUCAACGCUCCCCAGAAGAUUCAGCUGGACCUUCAUCGGGCACUGAUGCACCUUCUGUGGCCUGCACACAGUUGUGCGGCAGCCCAAAGAAAACUAGGAUUUGCCACCCCAUUUGUUUGGCAGAGGUUUUUCCUGCCAGCAAGCCUUGGAUGAAGAAGAAAAUGUACAUGGCCCUUGACAACCAAAGCGACAGUUCCCUGGCCACCCCUGACUUCUUCAAAAUCUUUAAGGGGCAGGCAAAGACUAUUGACUAUUGUAUUUCUACUUGUACAGGCAAACAACGAAGACAGGGCCGCAUUGCAUCUGGAUUUAUCAUUUUGCCAUGUGGCAAAGACAUUCGUUUUGAGUUGCCUGACCUUAUUGAGUGUGCAUCCAUCCCACGCAAUAAGGAUCAGAUUGCUACCAGAGAGAUGAUGCAAGUGCAUCCUCACCUAAUAGGACUACAGGACCUCAUUCCACCCUUUGAGCCGGGCAUUGACAUAGUCCUGCUCAUCGGAUUCAACUGCCCCAGCUUGAUGAGCAUCCGAGCUGAGAAGAGAGGUCCUCCUGGUGCACCUUUGGCACAGAAGACUCCUUUAGGAUGGACCAUACAGGGACCUGUAUGUGUCGACAGAAUGCAUCCUCUGUCUUCUCUGUGUCCAGAUCAGCCCAACACCCACAGCUGUGGCAGAGCCACCCUCAUGCAAAGUUGCCUCAGACACAUUUCUGUUUGCUGCCAAGGAGUUUCAUUUGAGUUCUCUUCCAUCUUCGACGUGUCCCAGGAUGAUGAGGACACAGCGCUCUCCCGAGAUGAACAAGCAUUCCUGAACAUCAUGAACUCCGAGGUCACUCUCAGCGAAGAAGGGAAUUGGAUCGCCCCUUUGCUCUUCAAAGCGCACUGGCCUACCCUGCCUCCCAACAGACAGGUAGCAGAAAAGAGACUGCAGUCUUUGAGACGCAAGAUACAGUGUGAUCCCAAGACCAAACAGCAAAUCGUUCAGGCUCAAGAUUUACACCAGCUGAGCAUCCCACGCCAAUUCACGGCCAGGAGCCCUUUACAGAGCUGGCACACCGGACUCCAUGUCUUUUGCGACGCUUCGGAGAAAGCUAUCACAGCUGUGGCUUAUGCCAGAUGCAAAGACUCUAGUUCUUGCACUUUAGGUUUUGCUACGGCCAAGACUAAGAUUGCCCCAUCUCACACCACUGUCCUUAGGGAUAUAGAUUUUAAUGGACCUACAGUGGGAUUGGCCUAUGUGGGAACCAUGUGCAAUCCUCAACAUUCCUUGGGAGUUGUUCAGGAUCACAACACCAGCCCUAUUGCUAUCGGUGCAACCAUGGCCCAUGAGAUGGGCCAUAACUUUGGAAUGAAUCAUGACACAAGUUUUUGUAAGUGCAGCUCAGAGUCGUGCAUCAUGGCUGGUCAACUCAGCUAUAAAACCCCCCGGGAUUUCAGUUCCUGUAGUCUCCAGGAUUUCCAAAAAUACAUGAUGGACCGAUCCCCAGAUUGCAUCAUUAAUAUGCCAUCGCCCAAGGAGAUCAUUGCAACUCCAGUUUGUGGGAAUAACUUCGUGGAGGAGGGAGAGGAAUGUGACUGCGGCUCUCCAAAGGAAUGCAAUAACGAAUGCUGUGAUGCCGCAACUUGUAAACUGAAGCCAGGUGCAAAAUGUGGAUAUGGGGAAUGUUGUGAAAAGUGCCAGCUUAGACGAGCAGGAGCAGUAUGCCGGCCAGUGAAGCAUGACUGCGACUUGCCAGAAAUGUGCACCGGCCGGUCUCAUCAAUGUCCCGCUGAUCGCUUCCGACAAAAUGGUCAUCCCUGCAGGAACAAGCAGGGUUACUGCUACAUGGGGCAAUGUCCCACCUACCAGAGCCAGUGUCAUUCUCUUUGGGGACCAGAAGCGAUUGUGGGUACAGAUUCUUGUUACCGUGUCAACCAGAAAGGGGUUUAUUAUGGCCACUGCAGAAAAGCGAACGGCACAUACCUUCCAUGUGGAAAACUAGAUCAAAAGUGUGGCAAGUUAUAUUGCUCCGGUGGUUCCAAGAUGCCUUCAAAGGGAAGCCUAGUGUCCUUCGAACAGUGCAAAGCGACUUUCCCAGACAAAGAUGAAGAAGAUGGAGGAAUGGUUGCUCCUGGAACAAAAUGUGGAGAUGGAAUGGUCUGCAACAAUGGGCGAUGUGUGGAUAUUGAGAGAGCCUACAGGUCUACCAACUGUUCUGACCAAUGCCCAGGACAUGCUGUAUGCGACCAUGAACUCAAAUGCCAGUGUGAAGAAGGGUGGGCACCACCAAAUUGUGAGGAUUCUACUGGAAACACAUAUAUCAUCAUCAUCAUUGUGACUGUGCUGGUGGCCCUUGCCGUCACAGGGAUCAUUGCGGCAGUCUUUUUCCGUUACUAUAUUCUCAAUAAGAAACCAAAACAAAGCAUCCACAAAAGUGCACCUGGAGCUUCAAAUUUGGGCUUCUCUGGUCAAGAACAGAAGAGAAGGCAGCCUACCGCUCCUGUUCCUGGACCUCCAGAGGUCAGCUCUUCUAGAUCUCUUCUCCCACCACCUCCACCCCAAGCAAACAAACCACCAGUUUGCAUUAACAUGCCAAGUGAACAAUCCAGCCAUACCCCAACUUUUUAUCAAAAUGCAAAAACGCCCAUCGUAAAGCCAAAUAUUCCUCCGCCUCCAGUUCCAACUGCCAAGCCAGCUUCAUCUCAUGUCUCUGGCAAUACGGCCACAGCACAGAAGACAGGUCCAACCCUUCAAUUCAAGUCCAAAGCAGCACCUCCACCUCCACCACAGGCACUGAAACCCCCAAGCAACCCGAAGGUAUGAAGCAACAGGAAGGACCACCUUCGUUCCUCCUCUUUUUUGCUUUCAAGGAAGUAUUUGCAUUUUCCUGCCUGCUCAAAAGAAACAGACUGGCUGAUUUCUUUCAAUGGGUUGGACAGCAUAUGUGUAAACAGACUCACCGUGUUUGCAUUGAGUAUUGUAACCUGGACCUGAUAAGGAACCAUCAUCUUGCUUCCAUCACAUCCAUGGGAGAUGUGAUCAGAGAGUUCCUACUGGAACAACACAUGUUUUAUAAACUGAGCAAUUGUAAA